AUGGAUGUCAAUCUCAUCAAGGAAACAUGCAGCAAAACACCUAAACCCGCCCUCUGUGUCGAGUCUAUUACCAAGGUCCCUCAAAGCGCCCGUGCAAACGUCAAAGGCUUAGCACAGAUAAUGAACGACGACGUACUCAGGGCUAAAGCACAAGAAGUUCACACCCAGAUCGAUCUGCUUAUUAAGCAAGGCACCAGACCACAGUCAUUACUCAAAUGUGCACAGGAUUACAGCGUUGUUAUCAAUGAUAAAAUCAAAGGAGUCGAUGAAGGAUUGAAGGAUAAUCAGACUUCGAAGGCGGCACAAGCCAUGGAUGAUACUGUGUCUUUGGUCAGUGGCUGUAACAGUGGCUUGAAGCAAUCUCUGCCCGGUACUCCUCUGAUUGGCAUGAACACAAAUGUAGCGGAUCUUGCGACUGUGACCAAAGCUAUAGUGCAGCAAUUGUCUUGA